AUGGAUAUAACAACCACAUUACCAAUUAAUCCCACCACCAUCGCUACCGAUACAGCUUCUACUUCCACAUCUAACAAUGCUACCACAGCAACCUCUUCUACAAACGGAAAAUUUCCCUCGGUGGAAGGACGCGAUCCUGCUUAUUUUUCAUACUAUGCCAUGCUCCAGCAUCAGCAAAACAUGCUUCAAGAUACUGUACGUACUUCGACUUACCGUUCAGCCAUAUUGAUAAAUGGUCCAGCGUGCUUUCAAAAUAAAUUGAUUUUGGACGUUGGUGCUGGAUCGGGGAUUCUAUCGUAUUUUGCGGUUCAAGCAGGCGCAAGCAAGGUCUAUGCUAUAGAAGCUUCUCAAAUGGCCGAAAAAAUGAAGAAAAUUAUCGAUGUUGCAAAUUCUUCUGAUUUGAAUUCCUUGGGUAAAAAUUCAUUUUUGAAAAAUAAAGUUGAAGUGAUUCAAGCAAAAAUCGAAGACUCAAAUUUACAAAUUCCACAAGUUGACACCAUAAUUUCUGAACCAAUUGGUGUUUUAUUAAUACAUGAAAGAAUGUUGGAAAGUUAUUUGUAUGCAAGAGAUCAUUAUUUGAAACCUGGCGGUUCUUUAUUCCCAUCAAGUGGCACAAUCCAUUUGGCACCUUUUACCGAUGCUGCUUUGUGGAGCGAAACAAUGGGAAAAGCUAGAUUUUGGGAACAACAAUCAUUCUAUGGUGUAGACCUUUCCUCGUUAUACUCGGAUGCAAAAGAUGAAAUGUUUGGCAUGCCCGUUGUUGGUUGUUUCGAUCCACGUACUUUGAUCGCACAACCUACUCCUUGUGGAUUUCCCAUCGAUUUCUAUACGGUAACGUUGGAAGAACUUCAAGAUUUAACAAUACCUUUUUACUGGCAAGCAUCCUACACCGGUAUCAUUCAUGGGAUAGCAGGAUGGUUUGAUUUGUAUUUUACUCCGCCACCAUUCGUCAUUCCACAAAGCGGUCAAAUAUUCAUGUCCACCAGUCCAACAUCAGAGCGCACUCAUUGGCAACAAGUCAGAUUCUUGUUGAAAGAACCAUUGGCUGUCAAUGCUGGUCAGACCAUUCAAGGUUGGAUGAGAUGUGUGGUCAAUGACAUGCGUUCUUAUACUAUAGAAAUUGAAAUUUUAGCUGGUGAUGGCGGUGUUGAUUUAGACGUUACUGUGUUGGUAGGUGAUAACACUGCUGCUACUAUUAAUACUUCUACUGCCGGCAAUACUAACAAUAAUAAUGAUGUCGAAGGUAAUAAUAAUUUUGUAGAUGGUAGUUUUAUUAUUUAA